AUGGGGCUUGGGGUUCGAACGUUGGGGAAGAAGGAAGAAGGUCAGCCAGAUUUUCAGGACAGUGUAUUUUACUGCUUGAGCUACCGCCCACCAAUGUCUGCCACUCCGUAUGUCGUUUUAAAGCAAAACGCGCCACCGUUUGCUCGUCCUGCAAAGUCAAACGACGUGGCACUUUCUGUGCCAUGGAUUUAUAUCUUCAUUUCUAAGCAAAGCCUCAGUUAUCUGCGCCAAGCCCCAUUACUUACCUUCCAGGACUUCACCUCUCGGCGUCCUGGUUGCUACUUGCUUCUUUUCCUCGCGACCCUUUUCAGGGCUUCGCCUCACUCUUCCACCACUACCAAGCUUGCUGAAGGUGCUGCCAUGGCCACUACGACUCUUCCAUGGCAGCCUAUUCGCCCAGUAAAGCUUCAUCGGUGCUCGGUAUCGGUUCGUCCCACGGUUUCUGUCCAAGCCUUCCGACGGAGCGACUUUGAUAACUUUGCUCAGCGCAUGUCUUCGGGUGAGGCAUGGAAGGAUGCUUGGCGCAGUGCCAAUAAUGGCUUCGAGCAGCUACUUUUUGAAGCAAAGAAGACUGCUGAGCGGUUAGACCGCCGUUACGAGGUAUCGCGGCGGUUAAGUGCGGUAACGAGGUCUGCCGUUGAUAGGGCGCGUGAGAUUGAUCGUGAAUUAGAGAUUGGAAUGCGAUGGCGUACUUUCACUAUGGAUUUCAGUAGAAACUGGCCGAGAUACAGGAUGCAGCUCAACAGCUUUCUGGAUAGUCCAAUUGGAAGGAGCUCUGCAACAAUUUUCUUCAUCUGGUUUGCAUUAUCUGGCUGGCUUUUUCGGAUCUUGGUGAUUGCAACUUGGGUUCUUCCGAUUGCUGGACCUCUCCUCAUUGGCACACUGGCUAACAACCUAGUUAUCAAGGGCACAUGUCCGGCUUGCAGGAUGCAAUUUGCUGGCUACAAGAACCAAAUAAUUCGAUGUACAAGCUGUGGCAACAUUGUGUGGCAACCCAAAGGAGAUUUCUUCUCAAAGGACGGAAGAACAUCUUCUUCUAAAUCAGAUCCUGAUAUCAUUGAUGUUGACUUUGAGGAGAAAUGAAGAGAUGCAUAGUCAGCAUUUAUAAUGAUUCUGGACUUCACAGUGGAAAGAUACAGCAAAUAGAAUACUCAGUGCUCCCGUUUGUUUAUUUGUAGUGUACUUGAUUUUGUUAGAUUGAGUUUUGUUCUUUACACAGUGCCUCGAGUGCUUAGUGGAUUUGUUCAGCUGCAUGGACUCGAAAAUCUUUCUUGAUACUGAGUCUAUUGAUUAGAUGAGAGAGGAAGAGGGAGAAUAAAAGAAGAACAUACAAAUUGAUGUGAAAAAUAUUUUAUAUGCCCUGCUGCAAUCUUGAAUGUACAGAAAUAAUAUAUUGCCCUCAAA